CUCAUCUGGUUGGAUGCUAGCUGGCUAGUCGGCUACCUAACGCCACUCAACCUCAGCGGGCUUCCAGCGGGCUUCCAGCGGCACAAGCAGCGGCCCCACGGACGUCCCGCGGCGGCGAACGACGCUCGGACGGCGCCGUGACUGACGAAAUGGCCGGCCAGCAGUUCCAGUACGACGACAGCGGCAACACCUUUUUCUACUUUCUCACGUCGUUCGUGGGACUCAUCGUGAUCCCGGCCACCUAUUACCUCUGGCCCCGGGAUCAGAAUGCUGAACAAUUGCGCCUCAAGAGCCUGCGGAGGGUGCACGGCAGGUGCCUGUGGUACCGACUGCGACUCCUCAAGUCUCAGCAGAGCGUCGUCCCCACACUCAAGAAAGCCGCCUUGUUGUUUGGCUGGGCCGUGUUCCUCUUGCUGGCAUACAAGGUGUCUAAGCUGGACAGGGAGUACCAGGAGUACAACCCUUACGAAGUCCUCAGCUUGGACCCGGGCUCGUCUCUGUCGGAGAUCAAGAAGCAGUACCGCGUGCUGUCGUUGAAAUUCCACCCGGACCGAGGCGGCGACGAGGCCACGUUCAUGAGGAUCGCCAAAGCUUACGCCGCUCUCACCAAUGAACAGUCCCGAAAGAACUGGGAAAUGUACGGCAACCCGGAUGGGCCAGGCGCAACCAGCUUUGGCAUCGCCCUGCCUGCCUGGAUUGUGGACCAGAAGAACUCAAUGCUGGUGUUGCUGGUGUACGGUCUGGCUUUCAUGGUUAUCCUCCCUGUCGUGGUGGGCACGUGGUGGUACCGCUCCAUCCGAUACAGCGGAGACCAGAUCCUCAUCAACACCACUCAGCUCUUCAUGCAUUUCAUGUACAAGACGCCCAACAUGAACAUGAAGCGCUUAGUCAUGGUGCUAACAGCAGCCUUUGAGUUUGACCCUCGCAGCAAUAAAGAAGCCACCAUCCGACCCACCGACAACAUCGAAGUGCCACAGUUGAUUCGUGAGCUGGGGAACAUCAACGUGAAGAAGAAGGAGCCUCCCUUCUGCUACCCGUACAGUCUGAAAGCCCGAGUGUUGGUCCUCUCGCACCUGGCACGCAUGGACGUGUCCGAGGAGCUGGACGAAGAUCAGAGAUUCGUGGUGAAGAAGAGUCCGGCUCUCCUCCAGGAGAUGAUCAACGUGGGCUGUCAGCUCACCAUGAUGGCCAACAGCAGAGGAGGUUUCCACGCCCCUCGCCUGGUCACCAUCGAGAACUGCAUGAAGCUGACCCAGAUGAUCGUGCAGGGCCUGCAGGAGUCCAAGUCGCCCCUGCUGCAGCUGCCCCACUUUGAGGAGGAGCACCUCCGCUACUGCAUCUCCAAAAAGUACAAGGUCCGCAGUCUGCAGGACCUGGUGAGUCUCAAAGACUCGGACCGACGCAGCAUGCUGCGCUUCAUGGGCGAGGAGAAGUACGACGAGGUCAUGGCCGUGCUGGGCAGCUUCCCUCACAUCACCAUGGACACCAAACUACAAGUCCUCGACGACGAAGACAGCAACAACAUCACGGCGGGCUCCAUCGUCACGGUUACGGUCACCUUGAGCAGAAAACGAAUGGUGGAGGUGUUUGAAAAGGAGCAGGAGCCUUCACCGUGUCCAGGAGAGGAGUCCGCCCCGACGGAGGAAGUGGGAGAAGCGAGUAAAGCGAAAGCAAAGCAAGUGUGGCAGAACAAGAGCAAAGGUACCAAGAAGACGGGCAAAUCCAAGAAGAAAAAGCUAACCAAGAAAAAGACCACGCCGGCGCCCGUCAAAAGCAAGCAGGCCAACGGCAGCUUAGUAGCGGGAAACGAGACGCCCUCGGCGGCCAAGGAGGAGGACGAGGAGGUCUCGGACAAAGGAAGCGAGUCGGACGAGGCCGAGACCAACAAAGACUCUCCCAGCGAGAGAGACGAAGACAGCGACAAGCAGAGCGACACCGAAGUGGACGAGAUGGCCGGAGACGACGAGGAGGAGUGGGAAGCGCUGCAGCAGAGCAUCCAGCGGCGAGAGCGCGCCCUGCUGGAGACCAAGUCCAAGGUGACGCACGCCGCCUACAGCCUCUACUACCCCGAGGAGAAGCAGGAGUGGUGGUGGCUCUACAUCGCCGACCGGCGCGACCAGACCCUCGUGUCCAUGCCCCACCACGUCUGCACGCUCAAGGAUACCGAGGAGGUGGAGCUGAAGUUUCCGGCGCCUUCCAAAACGGGCAACUACCAAUAUUCGGUCAUCCUGCGAUCGGAUUCCUACUUGGGACUGGAUCAAAUCAAACCGCUUAAGCUGGAGGUGCACGAGGCCAAGGCCAUGUUGGACAACCACCCCCAGUGGGACAUCCCCGACACGGAGGAAGAGGACGAGGAGCAAGAGGACAGCGACGGCAUCGAGGAGAGCGAAGACGACGACGACAACGACUGAACAGGCACGGGCGUGCGCACACGCUGCCAGCCCCUCCCCGCCCCUCAACGCUCACAGACCGACUCAGCCGGGACAUUUUUGUACACUCAGUCCAUGUCCCCGCCCACCACGCCAGCUGGCCUCUUUUCUACGCGUAUGUGUGUGCGCGCCCGCGUGUUUGUGUUUCUAACCUGGUAAGAAUGUGUACAGGUGCGAGCGAGUGGGGACCGGAGCGGCCAUCUUGCGAGGGGCCGCGCGCGCGCGCCAUCAAAACAAAUUGUGUUCCAUUGGCCGCAAGUUGUCACAAUCACUCGACAACUCCUUCCCACCCAAUCGACUUUCUAACAGGACUCGAAUUGCUACUGCUAUUUUCUAAUAGUGUCAUCAGAAGUCCUCCUACGCACUAGUACACAACAGAUCCAGUCCCUUUUGGUAGCCCCACAUUCCGGCGUGUCAUCAUCGCCCUGAGAAGCCUUACGACUACAAGCAGCGUGACAAAAAAAAAUGAAAACGUGGAAAAAAAAAAGUCACUUGGGUGCCAUGCACCCGCCGUUGUUCUCGGCUCGGCAGUAUUAUUAUUUUUUUGGGGCUUUAGCGUUGUUGGACUCUAGUGCCCCCCCCCUGUCUGGUUGACUUCUUUUUAUUCUCAAUGAUAAUUUGUGUUGUAAAAAUCCACUUGUAUAUCAAGGACACCAGUUAUGAUCUGCUCUUUGUUUUGGUUCUGUUAAAAUCUGUGUUGACAACAGGAA